CUUCACCCUUUCUCUCUUGUUCUUUGCAACAACCUCUCUGACCCACCCCUUGUUCCAUUUACCUAUCUACGAUUUCACCCAUGGAUUUUAUGUUCCGCCACGCCUUCAAAAUCACAGACAUCGCCGCCUGCUCGUCCCAUCUCAAUCGACCUAAACCAAAAACCAUACCAACCUGACCAGCCGCUGCGCCAACACGACGAGGAUCGCCUGCCGGACAGGAUCUCACUGAUCUUGUUUUCACGCCCUGAGCAAGUUUUCCUCGUCACACUCUCGUCACAUCCGGGUUGCCAUCGAAAACUCGACCCACAGCCCCAAGCUCUUUUGCGACACCACACGCCAUUUGAUCCAUAUUCUCAACCGGACGUUCGCAUUCCCACCUAACGACGACACCCCUUCUCAGAUCACUAUGAAUCACGCACGAGUCAAGGCCCUCAAAGCCGACGGAAAGACCGUUUCCAAAAAGGCCAUCAAAUCUGGCCGCGCCUCUCUUAGCACGACCCCUCGCGACUCUCCCAUGGCUUCGCUUCUGACGUCACCUGCCCAUUCCGCGGCCCCGAGCCGAGUGGGUUCCGACAUAAGCGACGACGAUGAUGACUUCGAUGCGAUGACGAUGAGUACCACUUCGGGAUCCUCGUCGAUCGACGUUGGAGAGGAGGGCAUCAGCACUUUCGACGCAAAGCAGCUCAUCGAAGAGCUCCAGGACCGCAAGCACAACAACAGCGACACCCGAGAGCAGCUGUUGGAACUCUAUAUCAAGAUUGUGCGGUCUCGUUACAGCCCCCAGACCCACGAGUGGCUCGACGAAGCCGCCACCGAACUUGGGGAACUUUUCCUCCGGGCCGCAAACCGUGGAAUGACAGCCCGGGAACGCAUGCUUAGCCUCCAGGCCUUUAUCUUGACUGUCUCCACCUCCGAGGAAGCCGACGUCUUUGAACAUGGUCAGAAUACCCUGAGACAGAUCAUCUACGAUGACGACGAUGAGGAGUGCGAAGUCUUCGCCAUUUACGCUUUGUGCUUCGCCGUUCUCUACGGUGGAGGUUCCGAAGAUGCCGCACAAGAACUUCUUGAUUACCUCGUCGACAUCGUACAGACUGACGGAGAGAGCGUCGAGGCCCACGAUAACGGCCUCAUCGUUGCCGGCGCCCUGCAAGGAUGGGCCUUUGUUGCCAGUCAUGUGGAAGAUCUUUCGGAUACCGCUGACCUGGCCCUGGACGCAUUCGUGGACCAACUCGACAGCACCGACAUGAGGGUCCAGUCCCAUGCUGCUGCCUGCAUUGCGCUCAUUUUCGAAGCAUCCCGGAAUCAUGAAAUGGAAACCGGCGAGCCCUUCCAGCUGCCGUACGACCCACAGAGGUUGACUGGCCGCAUGACCGAGUUGGCCAAACAAAGUUCAAAGUCCGUCUCGAAGAAGGAUCGCAAAGGGUUGCGAGAAAGCCUAACCAGCGUCGUUACCUCUCUGGAACGGGGUGUUGGCCCUGGUUACUCUGCAGCUGGCUUUGCGCCGGACAAGAGGAACCGACUUGCUACUGCCGAUGCCAACGAUGAUGGCGUCGUCGAGUUCGGCUAUCGCUUGAAACUUCGCCUCGGGAAUAGUGUCGCACCCAUCGACUCGUGGUCUCUGUCUUCGCGGGUGGAUAUGCUAAAGCUCAUCUUUGGCGGCCACCUCCAGAAGCACAUGUUUGUCAACCCUGUUGUCACCGAGUGUCUCAGCGACGCCGACUUCACCAAGAACAACGCUGUCAAGAAGGGUACAAAGCACCUCAUCGCCAAGGGUGGCAAGAGAUAGACACCUUGUGUUUGGGAGGGAUGGUAUAUUAUGGAGUUUUCGCUUUGCUUUCAAGUCUGGUGUAAAUUGUCACGGGCGAGCAAACGGUGUAGCCCUUCUGUAAUUCAUCGUACUUCUAUUUCAUGUGGGCACCGACAUGUCUCUCAUUUCUCGAGUAGACUAAAACAGCCCCGGACAGUCGGGUGCAUUUAUUACACAGCAUAGACAGAUUUUUUUUUUUUUAGUUUUUGAAUACCCAUUUGAAAUUUCCAAA